AUGGCUUGUGUAAGGAACACACUCUGCUUCUUUGCAGCUUUGCUUUUGGGUGAUUUCAAUUUAUAUUUUGUGAAUAAAGAUAAUAUAUGCAAGGAAGUGGAAUGUGGGAAAGGGAAAUGCAAAGCAUCUUCAAACUCAACUUUUAUGUAUGAAUGUGAGUGUGAAGAUGGUUGGAAACAGUUUGAUCAUCACCUCAAGUUUCUCCCUUGCAUUACCCCAAACUGUACCUUUGAUCUUACGUGUGGUGAAGCAGCUUCUCCAGCACAGGCCAAAACGCCUCCUAAAGAUAACUAUACUUCAAUUCUCGACGUUUGUAAUUGGGUGGAUUGUGGAGGAGGGGUUUGCAACAAGACAACAACGUUUUCAUACACAUGUGAUUGUCGUGAAGGUUACAACAAUCUCAUGAACAUUACUACAUUUCCUUGCCUUAAGCAAUGUGCACUUGGAAUGGACUGCUUGAAUCUUGGGAUUCCUUUGUCGAACGCAUCAUCGUCUUCUCCACCUGCUCUACCUGACAGUAGCAAGAAUCAAGCAACAGGAUUGAAGAAUCUGGGAGGAUCAUCGGUGUGGUUGAUGACAUUUAUGUUAUGUAUCUCUCUAGCACCAUGGAGGUUGCUCUAG